AUGAUCCCAGAAACUGGCCUUCUAGAUCAACAUUGUGAUGAAGCUAGUGGUAUUGUACAAAGAGAGAAGAGACAAUAUUGUCGUUAUUGCGAAUUAUGUACACUUGCUGAUAAAAUAGAGCAAGGUUUAACUAAUGGAGAACAUCAAUUUCUACCAAUAUUGGCUUCUGGCCAAGAACAACCAUUUGCCCCGAAAUGCUCAAAAAUUGGGGCAAAAAGUUAUGAAUUUAAAAGAACAAUUAAUUUGCCUGGAAGAUUUGAUUUAGAACAAAAAGUUAAACAGAAAAUGAGUGGAGUAGAUGCUGAAAUUAGAAAAAGAUUGAAUAAAGGGAGAGGUCGUUUCCAAGUAUUUUUAAAUUUAAUCAGUGCUGAUGCCCCUCCAAUCACUAUGACGGAUUGGUUUGAUGGAUCAGAACAGUGUCGUUGUUGUGGACGUGAAAAAGAUCCAAAAUGUCGAGGGGUUCUUUCCUUUCUUUAUUGUAAUGUGGAAGAUUGCAAAUCAGCCUAUGCCCAACAAUGUUUACAUAAUUCAGCACGUAUAGUUGCCUGUUAUACAGUUGAAUUUAAUUAUAGAAUGACUACAAGGAGAGAAGAAGUCCAACAAUUCUUACGAGAAAAUAAUUAUCCAGAUCAAGAUUCAGCAGUUACAACUUCUUUAGCUGCCGAUGAAUUAACUUCCGAAAUUCCAAAUCAAAAUAUUAAAGAAGAAAAUAAUAAUCAAAGAUUCAAUCAUCAACACCAAACUUCAGCACCUAAAAGAUUAGUUUAUGGAGAUGAACAAAGAGCUAGACAACCAAAAGAAUUAAGCAUUAAAUGUGUUUCCCAAAUGGCAACUCGUCUUACACAUUUACGUAGAUAUUGCAAUAUUUUUUGGAACGAGAAACUUUGUUGCUCACAUUGUCCUGGCAUUUGUUGA